AUGAGAAAUUUAAGAAUAUUUAUUUGUUACUCAUUUGUGGAUCUUGCUGAGUUUAUUUCUGAUCGCCAAGAAACUUGUUUUAAACCAACUUGUAUGGAAUCAUGCUGGAGAGUGGUCUUUGAAGGACAUCAAGAUAUAGUUGAUAUGAUGAAUAAUCAAAUUUUCUAUUUCAAGACAGUUCUUCUUAAUGAAAAAGGUGGUUCCUCAACUGACUCGUUAUGGGAAGCAGAGUUUUCAGGCUAUGUUGAAGAUACUUGCCCUGAUGAGGAUAAGAAUGCAUUUAUUAGACCGGUUGAGAAGAAUUCAAAGAUAAGGAUUAGAAAUGGUUGUUAUUAA